AUGUCACGAGAAGAUCAAAAGUGUUAUUAUCCUAGUGGUGAUGAGGCAUCGAGUAAUCGCUACAGCGUAUGCGACUCAGAUGAGACGAGCUUUAAGACCUGUUGCCCCGCACCCUGGACGUGUUUAAAGAAUGGGCUGUGCGAAUCGCUCACGGGCAAAGCCAGGCCCAUUGCCAGUAUAGCUCGUGGUGCUUGUACAGACCAGAAUUGGUCUGGCUGCCCGUCAAUCUGUCCUUUGGAGCAAAGUAAUACUUCAGUUUAUGUAAAACAGUGCGACGAUGGCAAGUACUGCUGCCGCCCUAAUGAAAGUUACAACUGCUGCUCUGGGGGGGAUUUCCGGUUUUCACUCAAAGACCCUCGGAUGACACCAGUGGCUGCUAUAGCUGGUGGUACUGUGGGAAGUGUUGUUGGUGUUGCUAUCCUGGUAGGCCUAGGAUGGUGGUUCUGGAAGAAGAGAUCAACGAGGGACCAAGCUGGGAAUGGUGCUGUGGAUGAGAAUUCUUCAAAAGGAAGCCAAGUCGCUCACCCUUCAGUGGUAGAAAUUGAUGCUGGGCCAGAUAGUGUACUGGUUGAGUCGGAUGCACGAACUACACAGCCAAAUAGAAUCCAUGAGCUAGCAGCUUAG